AAGAGAAAAGGUAACAGUGGAAAGAAAAGGGGUGUAGCUGAGACUAACGACGACGAAGGAACUCAGGAGGAUGACACCAGUGCAGUUGAUGUAAAACCAGCUUCAAAAGAUACAACAACUGCUCAUUUUAUUAAGUCUGUCAAUGAGCUUUUUGAUAUUAUGGAUGAGGAUGAAUCUUUAAAGGCAGUUAUUUAGUGAUAGAUAAUGCUAGUAUCCAUAAAUCGAAACCGAUGAUUCGAAAAAUUAAAGAUAGAAGUUAUAGAGUAAUGUAUCUCCUCCCUUACUCGCCUAAGCUAAACCCUAUUGGAUAGUUCUGGGCCUUAAUGGAAGGAAGAAUGAAGCGCCAUUGCUUGAUGAAAGAAAAGACAUUAUCUUCUAGAAUCGGUGAUGCAUGUAAUGACGUUCAUUUUAGU